CAGCCCCUGCUGGCCUGGCUUAAGGUCAUGGAGAAAGCCCACGUCAACCUGGUGAGGAGAUCCUGAAGGAAUGUGUGGCUCCCCACAUGGCUGACAUCGGCUCCGUGACCUCCUCGGCCUCAGGCCCCGCCCAGUCUGUUGUCAAGAUGUUCAGGGCAGUGGAGGAGGGCCUGACGUACAAAUUCCACGCGGCCUGGAGCUCCGUGUUGCAGCUGCUCUGUGUCUUCUUUGAGGCAUGUGGGAGACAGGCCCACCUAGUGAUGAGGAAGUGCCUCCAGUCCCUGUGUGACCUGCGCCUCUCCCCUCAUUUCCCCCACACGGCGGCUCUUGACCAGGCAGUGGGGGCUGCGGUGACCAGUAUGGGACCUGAGGUGGUGCUGCAGGCUGUGCCUUUGGAAAUUGAUGGCUCUGAAGAGACUCUGGAUUUCCCACGGAGCUGGCUGCUGCCUGUCAUCCGAGACCACGUUCAGGAAACGCGACUUGGUUUCUUCACCACCUACUUCUUGCCCCUGGCUAACACCCUGAAGAGCAAAGCCAUGGACCUGGCUCAGGCAGUCCACACAGUGGAGUCCAAGAUCUACGACACACUCCAGUGGCAGAUCUGGACGCUCCUGCCUGGGUUCUGCACGAGGCCCACAGAUGUGGCCGCCUCCUUCAAAGGACUGGCACGGACGCUGGGCAUGGCCAUCAGCGAGCGUCCAGACCUGAGGGUCACUGUGUGCCAGGCCCUGCGCACCCUCAUCACCAAGGGCUGUGAGGCAGAGGCUGACCGUGCUGAAGUGAGUCGCUUUGCCAAGAACUUUCUGCCGAUCCUCUUCAACCUAUAUGGCCAGCCUGUGGCAGGUGGGGACACUCCAGCCCCUCGCCGGGCUGUGCUGGAAACCGUCAGAACUUACCUCACCAUCACUGACACUCAGUUGGUGAACAGUCUCCUGGAAAAAGCCAGCGAGAAGGUGCUCGACCCUGACAGCCCUGACUUUACCAGAUUGUCUGUCCUGGACUUGGUCGUAGCCUUGGCUCCAUGUGCUGAUGAAGCCGCCAUCAGCAAGCUGUAUUCCACCAUCCGGCCCUACCUAGAGAGCAAGGCCCAUGGGGUGCAGAAGAAGGCCUACCGAGUGCUGGAGGAGGUGUGUGCCAGCCCCCAGGGCCCCGGGGCCCUCUUCGUGCAGAGCCACCUGGAGGACCUGAAGAAGACACUGCUGGACUCACUGCGGAGCACCUCCUCACCUGCCAAGAGGCCCCGCUUGAAGUGCCUCAUACACAUCGUGAGGAAGCUGUCAGCUGAGCACGAGGAGUUCAUCACUGCCCUCGUCCCAGAGGUGAUCCUGUGCACCAAGGAGGUGUCGGUGGGCGCGCGGAAGAACGCUUUUGCACUGCUUGUGGAGAUGGGCCAUGCUUUCCUAAGGUUUGGCUCGAACCAGGAAGAGGCCCUGCAGCGCUACCUUGUCCUGAUCUACCCUGGCCUGGUGGGCGCGGUGACCAUGGUCAGCUGCAGCAUCCUGGCCCUGACCCACCUCCUUUUCGAGUUCAAAGGUCUGAUGGGGACCAGCACAGUGGAGCAGCUGCUGGAAAACGUGUGCCUGCUUCUGGCCUCCCGCACCCGUGACGUGGUCAAGUCUGCACUGGGCUUCAUCAAGGUGCUGGUGACUGUCAUGGGCGUGGCACACCUGGCCAAGCAUGUGCAGCUGGUGAUGGAAGCCAUUGGGAAGCUUUCAGAUGACAUGCGGCGGCACUUCCGCAUGAAGCUUCGGAACCUCUUCACCAAGUUCAUCCGCAAGUUUGGAUUUGAGCUGGUGAAAAGGCUGUUGCCGGAGGAGUACCACAAAGUCCUGGUAAACAUCCGGAAAGCUGAGGCCCGGGCCAAGAGACACCGAGCCCUGAGCCAGGCUGCCGCAGAGGAGGAAGACGAGGAGGAGGACGAGGAGCCCGCCCAGGGCAAAGGCGACAGCAUUGAGGAGAUUUUGGCUGACUCAGAGGAUGAGGAGGAUGAUGGGGAGGAGGAAAGAAGCCGGGGCAAGGAGCAGCGGAAGCUGGCGCAGCAGAGGAGCCGAGCAUGGCUGAAGGAGGGUGGCGGGGACGAGCCCCUCAACUUCCUGGAUCCCAGGGUGGCCCAGCGAGUCCUGGCCACACAGCCAGGGCCGGGCCGGGGCAGGAAGAAGGACCAUGGCUUCAAGGUGAGCGCUGAUGGCCGACUGAUCAUAAAGGAAGACGACACCAACAAGAUGGAGGAAGAGGAAGGCGCCAAAGGUGAGGAUGAAGAGAUGGCUGACCUAAUGGAAGACGUGAUUGUCAGGAAUAAAAAGCACCAGAAGCUCAAGCACCAGAAAGGGGCUGAGGAGGAGGAGCUGGAGAUGCCCCCUCAGUACCAAGCUGGAGGCUCUGGCAUUCAUCGCCCUGUGGCCAAGAAGGCUAUGCCUGGGGCCGAAUACAAGGCCAAGAAAGCAAAAGGUGAUGUGAAGAGGAAAGGCCGGCCAGAUCCCUAUGCCUACAUCCCCCUCAACAGAACCAAGCUCAACCACAGGAAGAAGACGAAGCUGCAGGGACAGUUCAAAGGCCUGGUAAAAGCUGCCCGGCGAGGUUCCCAGGUGGGACACAAAAACCGCAGAAAGGAUCUUCGGCCCUUGAGGCCCAGGGCCCCGGGGCUGCCUUGCCACCAGCUCCAGGUGCUCGACUCUGGCAGAGCCUGGACUCAGGAUGACUUGGAAAUAGGGCUUGGCUCUCAGAGAGAAGUCCUGGAUUUAUAAACUCCAAAUGGGAAUCACCCUUCAGAGACAUCCCUGGUGCCUGGAGGUGGGAAGGUGGCCUCAGUGCCUCUGAAUAGGUGCAAUGAGGCACCUUUGCUUUCUGCCCAGAUGGCCAUGAGCCCCAGACUAU